UCUCCAUCGAACUCCCCAUCCGCCUGCUCACCUUCUCUAUCAUACCCCUUCGCCUCGGCGAUCGUGGUAUAUCUCUUUUCUUUCCCAUAUAUCCUCUUCCUUGUUAUUCAACCCCCGUCGAGGACUCUGGUCUGCUUGAUUGCUGACUCGACGAGACACCAACCCCCGUCCGUUCGAGACCUUCCCCAAUCCGCGCAGCGAUGUCAUCCAGCGCCACCUCGAGCCCGGCCUCAAGUAAACUUCCAUUUCCCUCGAAUGCGUCAAACCACUCUCAAGCCCCUUUCUCUGCCGGCCUCGAUCUCUCCUCCAAACGAAGUAACAGUUCAGGAAGUUUCGGUGCUGGGUCGUCAACGCGUCAUUCUUCGCAGGCGCGUGGAAAUCAGACUCUCCGAAAGCAACACAAGGGGCAGCAAAGGAAACCAAGAUUGUUGUUGGAUGAAGAUGCUAUUGCUGAGACCGCAGCCAUGAGAUCACUCAACAGUCGUAAAGGUCAAACUUCUAUUACUCACCUUAUGAACUUUACUCUCCCGCCACGCCCUCAAAACCACUAUCAGCACCACUUCAACCACCGCCACCAGAGGCGGAAUCCUACUUGGGGUCUUGGUUCUGGUUACCAUGCCGUGGACAAGGCUCGUUAUGUUCAUGCAAACUACAGAUUUAUCGUCCGGCCCGACCGAGAAUACCAUGCCCAGACAUCGGAUGCGGAUGUCUACGUGAGCUGGGAUGCUGUCUUGCAAGUGUUGGCUUCCGCAGAGACGCAAGCCGCAAGCUGUCCCAUAUGCCUGUCUACGCCUGUUGCUCCACGCAUGGCCAAAUGUGGACAUAUCUUCUGCCUGCCUUGCCUGAUCCGCUUUAUGCAUGCAACUGACGAGGCCAACCCGGUCCCAGAAAAGAGAGCAAGGUGGAAGAAAUGCCCGAUCUGCGAAGACAGCAUCUACAUAUCCGAGGCCAGGCCAGUACGAUGGAUGGCCGGUCAGGAUGCGAGCAUGUUGAGAGAAGGUGGCGACGUGCUGCUCAAAUUGCUCAAGCGCGAACCUGGAAAGACUCUUGCUCUCCCUAGCGAGACUGCAGGUGGCUAUGGAAGUGCUGACGAUAUUCCUUGGUUUCAUGUCGCUGCAGUGAUGGAAUAUGCACGGUUUAUGAAAGGUGGUGAAGAGUACAUGAUGUCUCAAUACGACCAAGAAAUUGUUGCUCUUGAUGCUCAAGAGAGGGAGGAUGAGUUGAUGUUCGGUGACGAGAAUACGUGGACGCGGAAAGCCGUUUUCGCAAUCGAGGAUGCUAAACAGAAAUUGGCAGGUCUUGGUAAUCCUCCCCCAACAACGGCUACCACAGUCAAAAACGACGAUGCAGUUCCAGACUCGUGGGAAACUGCCGAUCAGCCAGCGGCGUCGGCUUUGACCAGCGCCAUGAAAUCUUUAACGGUUGGACAGACCUCGACCGAUUCCGCCUCACCCUCGAGUGUGCCUCGGUCUAGAACUGGCACCUCGCGUCCCCAGUCUCAUGCUUUCUACUUCUAUCAUGCACUCCCAAAUUUCUUUCUGUCACCUCUAGACAUCCGCAUCCUCAAGACAGCCUACGGCGAUUUUUCGACUUUUCCAGCGACGAUCUUGCCACGGGUCGAGCACAUCUCUACAGGACAUAUUGUAGACGACGAUCUCAGAAAACGGGCAAAAUAUAUGGCACACUUACCCUACGGCUUCGAGGUCAGUUUUCUCGAAUGCGACUGGACCGAUAUUAUCCCCAACGCCGUUCUAGACCAGUUCCAAGAGGAGAUCGUGAAAAGACGAAAGCGUCAUUCGGAGAGAGAGGCACGAGAAGAGAGGGAUCGGAUUCGUGCAGAGAAGGAAGAGGACGAUAAGCGAUGGGCUCCUGCCAGGAGGCAAAGGAGGGGAAGCUCUGUGCCCCGGAGCUUCAGCGAGUCAGAUUUUCGACCGCUAAAUGACACCAACACUCACCCCAGCUCUUCGCCGGGCGAAUCUGGGCUUGCCACGACACCACCGUGGAACGCCCGGACCCAUUCGUCCUUUGCUGCCCUGACCACCCCCGGUACCAGUCCCGAUGCACCCAGAACAGUAUGGGGUACAGCAGCUGUGAUGGCAGCAUCACCUCCACUGACUGCAGCCCCUGAACCUACACAUGAUGAUGGAUGGCUUCAGGGUUGGGAGAAAGAUCUCUUGGAUGAGCAGGAUGCUGUAGCUAUGGUCGAAGCCAGUCUCAACGAUGGAGGCAAAGCUGUUGGGGUAGCAUCUAAGAAGGGAAAGAAAAAGAAGAUUACGCUGAUGUCGACGAACAACCGAAGAGGCGCUUGAUGUGGUAUAUUUUGCACGCACUUGAAUGAUUCCAUGAUACAUGUGUAUAUAGUGAUAGUCGCUCAACAAAUCUUGCUGACUGGAGAAAUGAAUGGCUCAUAAGAUGGCCCUUGAUAACGGUUCGG